GUAGCCCAUGUAACCCAUCCUCAGAGAGGGAGCAUCGCACGCCUGCAUUUAGCAUGGCUGAGCCGGCCGCUGGCGAAUUAUACCAUUUAAACUCAAUUAUGGACACCCUCUCCACAAUAAGUGCCGCCAUGAAGAACAUCGAGCGGGAGCUGAUCUGCCCGGUGUGCAAGGAGAUGUUCAAGCAGCCCAUCCUCCUGCCCUGCGCCCACAACGUCUGCCUGAUGUGCGCCACCGAGCUGCUAGUGCAGCAGGGCGUCCUGUGCGCCGAGCCCAGCUCGGAACCCUCCUCGCCCGCCUCCACCCCCAUGAUGCGCAGCCCCCGCCUCGGCCGGCGGGCUGGCCCCAAGACUGACCGGUUGGACCGACUGAUCCGGGCAGGUUACGGUACGUACCCAGGACGCAGGCGCGGAGCUGCCCACGCCCAGACCAUCAGCAUGCCCUGCCCGAGCUGCCAGCAGGACGUGGACCUCGGGGAGCGCGGGCUGUCCGACCUCUUCCGCAACCUGACCCUGGAGCGGAUCGUGGAACGGUAUAAGCACUCGGCCGAGCUGGGGGCCGCCGUGCCCUGCCAGGUGUGCAAGCCCCCCGCCCAGGAAGCCACCAAGGGUUGCACCGACUGCCGUGUCAACUACUGCAAGGAGUGCUUCAAGCUCUACCACCCUUGGGGCACGCCCAAGGCUCAGCACGAAUCUAUUGGACCCACGCUCAGCUUCAGGCCCAAGGUCCUGAUGUGUCCCGAGCACGAGAUGGAGAGGGUGAACCUAUACUGUAAGACGUGUCAACGCCUCAUCUGCCAACUCUGCAAGCUGCGGAGGGUCCACACCGCGCACAAGAUCACCCCCGUCGCUAGCGCCUAUCAGGCGCUAAAGGAUAAGCUCACCAAGGCGAUCACAUUCAUCCUGACCAAUCAGAACCUGGUCCAAACACAGAUCCAAGUGCUGGAUGAGCUCGUUCAACAGACGGAGGCCAACAGCUCGCGGGCACGGGAGGAGGUGGCGGGCUUGAUCGGCGAGCUGAGCCACGCGCUGGAGGAGAAGCAGAGCUCCCUGCUCGAGGCCAUCGACCAGUGCCAGCGUCAGCGGCUGCUCCGGCUGAUGGGCCAGAUCUCGCAGCACCAGGGAAUGCUGGAGCAUUCCGGGAUGGUGGGCUUCGCGCAGGAGAUCCUGAAGGAGACGGACCACGCCUGCUUCAUCCAGGCCGCCAGGCAGCUACAUACCAGGAUCGUGAAGGCCACAGAGUCGCUGCAGAACUUCACGCCGGCCGCAGAGCCGUCCUUCACCCACUUCCAGCUGGACAUCAGCAGGGAGCUGAAGCUCCUCAGUGACCUUCAGUUCGCCACAGCGCCGGACGCUCCGGUGAUCGACACGCAACGCACCUACGCGUACGACCAGAUCUACCUCUGCUGGCGCCUGCCCAAGGACUCGGCAGCUGCCUGGCACUACGACGUGGAGUAUCGGCAGGCAGACCACCCGGCCAAGGGACCCCGUCCCCGCUGGCAGCGCAUCGAGGAGGUGCGCGGCACGGGGGCCGUGGUGGGACACCUGGACACCGACCGCGUCUACGCCCUGAGGGUGCGCGGCUUCAACAAGGCUGGGCACGGGGAGUACAGCGAGGAGAUCUACCUGCGCAGUCCGCCCGCGCCAGUCCUCCACUUCCUCCUGGACAACAAGUGGGGCUAUAGCCAGGACCGUGUCAUCGUCAGCAAGGACCAGCGGGCAGUCCGCAGUGUGGCUGGGAUCCCCAUGCUAUUUGCUGCCGAGCGGAUCAUGACCUCGUGCCACCUGUCCAUUGACCUAAUCAUCGGGGACGUGGCCCUGACCCAGGGCAAGCACUACUGGGCUUGCUCUGUCGACCCUGGCUCCUACCUGGCCAAGGUCGGCGUGGGCCUGGAGAGCAAGCUCCAGGAGUGGUUCCACAUCCCCCAGGAUGUGGUCAGCCCCAGGUACGAUCCCGACAGCGGGCACGACAGCGGGGCCGAAGACGCCACGGUGGAGGCCUCCCCGCCCAACGCCUUCCUGACCAUCGGCAUGGGCAAGGUGCUGCUGCCUCAGGGCUCCCCUCUGCCACCUGCCCGCGACCCGGCGGGGGGCACCGUUCCCCCUCCCCUCCCGGCUGGGCAUCUGCCUGGACUACGAGAGGGGCCGGGUCACCUUCUACGACGCGGUAUCCUUCCGGAGCCUGUGGGAGUGUGGCGUGGACUGCAGUGGACCCGUCUGCCCGGCCUUCUGCUUUGUGGGAGGGGGAGCCCUCCACCUUCCAGGAGCUGGUGGCCACCAAGCCCGAGCAGAAAGCCCCCAAUGGCGCCCCACAGAAGGCUCUGAACAACUGCAGCCCCUUCGGAGGUUGGAACCCGGGACCCUUGCGUCCGCUGCCGUUUUUCCCCCGCCCGGAUUCUGGAACGCCGAUAUUGAAGCUCGAGGUCAACGGCCUGGAGUUACGAAUGUCCGGGUG